AUGCAUAGCCAAUCUAAAUCAUCGCAAGGAAUAUCUCCGACUUAUCAACAAAAACAUCAGUAUCCUCCUCCUCAGAAACAAAACAAUCCUCCAAUAGGCAUGCCUCAACAAAUAAAUCCUACACAUCAGAUAGAUAUGCAACAACAUCCACCGCCUAAAAAUAUCAAUGCUAAUACUUAUCCUGGCCAGGUUAAUCAUUCAAUUCCUCCGGUUGAAAGACCUUUGAAUCAAAUAACUAGUAUAGAACAAAUUUGGGUUAUUCCUGUUAUAGUUAGACUUCGAUAUAGAGCUUAUUAUUAUUAUUAUUAUAACUAA